AUGGCCUGCUUUGCAAAGGUUCUGGAAGUGGAUCCUGAAAACCCUGAAUACAACACUGGCUAUGCUGUUGCAACCUAUCGUGUAGACUUUGCUGAGGACUGUAUUUCUCUGGAACCCCUCAGGAAGGCUGUCAGGUUAAAUCCAGGAGAUCCAUAUCUUAAAGUUUAUCUUGCCCUGAAGCUUCAGGAUGGAGGAGAAACAGCUGAAGCAGAAACACACAUUGGAGAAGCUCUCAGCAGCACAUCCUGCCAAACCUACGUCUUUCGCUAUGCAGCCAAGUAUUACCGAAGGAAAGGCUGCAUAGACAAAGCUCUAGAUCUCCUACACAGGGCCUUGCAGGCAUCACCUGAUUCUGCCUAUCUGCAUUACCAAAUAGGACUCUGCUACAGGAAACAAAUGAUCCAACAGAAGGCAUCCAGAAACAGGCAGCUCAGAAGGCAGGGCAUCAUGCAAGAAUUGGCACAACAGGCUAUUUGUGAAUUUCAAAGGACUGUGGAACUGAGGCCCACAUUUGAGAUGGCUUAUGUUUACAUGGCUGAAAUACAGGCAGACAUUCACCAAUACGAAGAAGCAGAGGCAAAUUUCCAGAAGGUUCUGAACAUUAGGAACCUUGAAUGUCACAUAGAGCAGAAUGUUCAUUUCCGCUAUGCCCGUUACCAACAAUUUCAUCAGAAAUCAGAAGACAAGGCGAUCACCCACUAUUUAAAAAGUUUAAAGAUAGGAGAAAAGUCCUUUGUCUGGAGGAAACUUCUCACAGCUUUGGAGAAAGUGGCUGAAAGACGUGUUGACCACAAUGUUCUACCUGUGGAGAGCAUCGGCCUCCUUGGGUUAGUCCACAAACUGAGAGGGAACAUGCAGGAGGCCCUGCUGUGCUAUGAGAGGGCCCUGAGGCUCACUGGGGAAAUGAACCCUGAGUUUUGA